AUGACAAGACAGGACAAAGCAGGACAAGACAGGACAAGACAUGACAAAGCAGGACAAGACAGGACAAGGCAGGACAAAGCAGGACAAGACAGGACAAAGCGGGACAAGACAGGACAAAGCAGGACAAGACAGGGCAAGACAGGACAAGACAGGACAAGACAGGACAAGACAGGACAAAGCAGGACAAGACAGGACAAGGCAGGACAAGACAGACCGAGACAUGACAAGACAGGACAAAGCAGGACAAGACAGGACAAAGCGGGACAAGACAGGACAAAGCAGGACAAGACAGGACAAGACAGGACAAGACAGGACAAGACAGGACAAAGCAGGACAAGACAGGACAAGGCAGGACAAGACAAGACAAAGCAGGACAAGACAGGACAAGGCAGGACAAGACAGGACAAAGCAGGACAAGACAGGACAAGGCAGGACAAGGCAGGUCAAGACAUGACAAAGCAGGACAAGACAGGACAAGGCAGGACAAGACAUGACAAAGCAGGACAAGACAGGACAAGGCAGGACAAGACAUGA